CAGAGCCUUUGAGCCCUUGUUCCCGAGUUCAUUCUCACUCUUUUUAUUUACCAUUAAAAAACGGCAAGUUGAGUUGAAAACUUACUUGAGGAAAGAGAAAGACCUCGCAAUGAUGAUCAGGACGUCAGCUGCUGGCGGACGAGCGGCGCUUGUACCAUGGCUCCUCAUGCUGCUGCUGAUGCCUACACAUACUGAUGCCUCCAAGGUUCCCUGUUCGGUAGAGAAUGAUGUGUGUAGCGAGAUGCUUCGAGAGGGAUCGUAUUGCGUGGAUGGAUACUGUACCAACCCCUUUUACGCCGGAGGGUGUCUCCAGAGCUAUGGGUACAAUCUAUCUAAUAACGAAAAACGCAUUCGAGUCUGUCAUUCCGAAGAUCCACUCGAAGCCGAAGAGUUGGGAUUCUGUCGUCCAGCAACGUUGGACUACAUCGAGAUUCGCCUUGCCUCGCAGAAUUGGGAAAGUGUCUUUUUUGAAGCUUGGAUUCUGCAAAUCUUGCUCACCGAGAUACUCGAAGUGCCCGUGACGGUGGAAACGGGAGUUCCCGGAUACAGUGUGGAUUUUUAUCAUAUGCACUCGGCGCUCGACUAUGGAGUCUUUGAUGAAGAGUAUCACGAACUCCAAGUGGCCGCCGACGUCAAAGAUUGUCGACUCACCAAGACGGACGAUCCCGACAACUACCAAGCCUGCUUUCAUGCUUCCACGGAAGUUUGGUGGGACGAUCGCGGCUUUGAUGCGCAUCCGCCAGCAUCGUCGGAACCACCCAGGGAACUGGGAGCACUCGGGCAGAAUAGUUGGUUCGUCCCAAAGUUCACGGCGCAAAAUGAUACGUCACUACUGUCCUACAUUGGACUACAAGGGCCUCAGAAUCGACGAAAGCUGGCAGAAACCUUCAAGCGGCCCACCAAUUUUCGCGACUACUGUGAGCAAGUCUCGGAACGCCAGUGCCAAGACGACAAUGCGACAAGUAGUAUUGCCACCAGACCACCGUUGGAUGACACAGAGGGAGACAUGUUCUUUGUCGAGGGAGUAUACACGGGGCACUUCCGAUACACGGAGGAGAACGACUGCGACAAACAUCCUACCAACUGCACUGGACAUUUUACCAAUUAUCCCUGCGUCUGGGAAUCCUAUGCGGAACCCCAGAUCUAUCAUCAUCAAAUGGGCUUUGAGCACAACAUGUAUACAUACGCUCAGAUGACGCAGAUUUGGUCUGCGGCAAACGCCACCAAGGAGAAUGUCAUUUCCAUUUGGUGGAGACCACAAAUCAUGUACGAGAGCUACCUUGGUACUGACACUGAAAUGACCCAGGUUGUGCUGACACCUCCAACGCAAGAAUGCUCGGAUAACCGAAUCAAUACGAACAAGCGUUGUGAUGAAGAUAGAGAUCUAUUUGAUAUUGUGGGGAAUCCCGUAGGUGCUUGCGAUUCCUAUUCCCACACACUCCAAAAGGUCUUCUCCACGGCCUUGAAGGAGGUUUCCUUUGACAAAAACACUCCAGAAGAAUUCUGGAGCCCGGCAUACGAUGUCCUCCUGAACUUCAAGCUUUCGUCGUUGCAAAUUGGUCAGAUCUUCCAGUAUUGGGCCAACAAAACCACCGACAAGGCGAACUUUGAUUUCAGGGAUGCCACAUGCGAGUGGGUGAUUGACCACAUGGAUUUGAUACAGAGGUUCAUACCGGAUACAUACCCUCGUGCUGUGGUGUACGAAAAUGACUCGGGAAGUGCAAUGCAUGUUUCAGCACUCGUCAUUGCAUGUUUGACAUCAUUGCUGGUGAUCGCUUCCAUUGGCGCUACGCAUCUCAAGAGGCAAACGAAAAUCAUGUACUAUACACAGCCAGAGUAUCUCUACACAAUCCUCGUGGGCUUCUUUCUCAUUGCAUUGAGCGCCAUAAUCUUGGCGAUUCCACCUUCAGAUCCAACCUGCGUGGUGCAACAGUGGCUCUCUAAUCUUGGACACAUAGUGGCCUUCUUUCCUUUGGUAGCUCGCAUCUCGGCCAUCAAUCAGCUCGCUACCUCGGGCAAGCAGAUGCAGCGUGUACGCCUUCACAUGAGUACUCUUGGGAAGUACAUGGGAGUGGCAGUGUGCCUAGUGAUGGCGUACACCCUCGUUUGGUCGCUGGUGGAUGCGCCGGGGAAAGCGUAUACCUAUCAACUAAGUGGUGACAAGAACGACAACGGUGCUACACUCAUCAGCGGAUUCGACUAUUGCGGAUCCGAUUCGGAAGUUUGGCCCAUCAUAAACUUUGGCUGGCAAGCACUCCUUCUGAUCCCUGGUUGUAUGAUAGCCUUCUUGGCGUCAAGAGUGCGAGAAGACCUGAACGAUACCAAGUCAAUGGUUGCGGUGCUGAAUACGAAUCUGGGGUUUCUUGUUCUCAAUGUUGCAUUUUUCUUUCUCGUGGCGGAUUCAAAAAGGUCCGAGUUGAUGGCAUACGCAAGUCUCAUUCUAAGUGCCAACGUUGUGGCGUCCCUCGGGGUGUACUUCGUUCCCAAGUUCCUGGACAGCGGAGAAAACUUUGAGGCGGAUCCCCUGCCUGAUGUUUUCGUGAAGACCACGGUUGCCCUGCUAGAUGUCCACGGGUUUGCUGCAUGGUCAUCAUGCCGCGAACCUGUUCAAGUAUUCAAGUUUCUGGAGAAGUUAUUUGAAAGUAUUGACAACAUUGCAGCUGAACGCCAAGUUUUCAAGGUAGAGACAAAGGGGGAGGUCUACGUAGCAGCCAGCGGAAUCCCAGAUGCCAGAAAUGAUCAUGCUAUUGCAAUGGCGCGAUUUGCGUUGUCUUGCAUGAAGAAGAUGGAACAUCUGUUCAUGAAGCUGGAGGUCAUAUUUGGGCCGGACACUGGCGAUAUGUCGCUGCGUAUUGCCAUGCACAGUGGACCAGUAACUGGCGGCUUCCUGAAGGGGAAGGGCGCCCAACGAUUCCAGCUCUUUGGAGACACCAUGACAACAGCAGGUUUGAUACAGGCUGCAGGCCAAGCCAGCCGUGUGCACAUGUCCGAGGCUACUGCAAAACUUCUUAUCAAAGCAGGAAAACGCAAAUGGGUUGUGAAGAGGAUGGAAAAGUUGCAAACAGAGGAGAAGGGUGAACUUCAAACUUACUGGCUCGCCCGUGGUGGAAGGGCGGCGAGUUUGCUGGCAAGCUCUGGUGCUGCCGAUUUAUCGUCGCAAGGGCUUGGAACUUCUAGUGGUGACUCGGAAGAAUCAGACCUUGCUGAUGUUCUGGGCCUGGAUAGUCAACAAAGGUGGAUUGAAUGGAAUCUUGAGCUUUUCAAAGACCAACUGAAACAGAUCGUUGCCCGGAGAGAAUCUACAGUGAGAUCAUCAUCAGAGCUGUUUUCUGGAAGCGAUGACUUAGAUAUCGAGGCUGAUAUGCCACUGGAAGAGGUCAAAGAAAUCAUUGAACUGCCGGGUUUUGACAAAAAGGCUGCAAAGAGGCAACUUGAGAACAAGGAGGUUACGCUUUCUCCACUGGUUGUCGAGCAGCUCAGAGAACUCAUCACAAGGAUUGCGAACGAAUAUAAUGACAAUCCUUUCCACAACUUUGCCCAUGCAUCGUAUGUUGUCAUGGCAGUUCAGAAGUAUAUGAAUCGUAUCGUCGCAGCAUCUGAAGUUGACGUUGGCGAAGAUGAGGAGCGCCAUCGCAGCAGCACCAUGGCUGCAAUUCACGAUCACACUUACGGCAUAACCUCCGAUCCGUUGACGCAAUUUGCUUGCUUAUUCUCCGCUCUUAUCCAUGAUGUUGACCACCCUGGUGUUCCCAAUGGACAGCUCAUCAAGGAGGAUGAAAGAAUCGCUAGCCGGUACAAGAACCGCAGUGUGGCGGAACAGAAGUCAUUGGACAUCUCUUGGUUGAUUCUCAUGGAAAGUGAUUUUGAUGAGCUGAGAAGUACCGUUUGCCACAACAGCAGAGAGCUUAGACGUUUCAGAGAGUUGGUUGUGAACUCUGUCAUGGCAACUGAUCUGGGCGAUGCUGAACUCAAGGCACUACGAAAUGCUAGAUGGGAGAAGGCAUUUGCUACUAUGGAUAUUAGCACUACUCACACUGGUAGAGAAUCGUUCUCUAACAAUGACGAAGAGAACCCAAGGCCAGUGCGGAAGAGUCGAGAGGCGACCAACCGGAAGGCCACUAUUGUUAUUGAGCAUCUCAUUCAGGCGGCUGAUGUGGCGCACAUGUCUCAACACUGGCACAUCUAUAGGAAGUGGAAUGAGCGGCUUUUCCGGGAAAUGUACAAAGCCUUUCGGGAAGACAGGUCUGACACGAACCCUGCAGACUUUUGGUACAAAGGGGAGCUUGGGUUCAUAGAUUAUUAUGUUGUUCCACUCUCCAAGAAGCUUCGAGAUUGUGGCGUGUUUGGGCCAACAAGCGAUGAGAACUUAAACUACGCCACGAAUAACAGGUCAAUGUGGGAGAAGGAAGGAGAGGAUAUAGUUGCGAAGAUGCUGGAAACAGUGGAGGCAGAAUACGCGGGGGGAGAAAAGAUGGAGCAGCCAGCGACAUUUGAGGAGUCCUCUUAGGACUUUGAAGACAACGUCACUGCCUUUUGGCUUUGCACGUACCGGUCCACAGAGAUCGAUUCCUUUCUGGCUCCGCUGAAUCAUUGGAACAAGUCUUUGCCAUUCUUUUGUAUUAUACGGAUUAUACGUGUACACAUCAAUUGAACCAACUUUUUUACAUAACUCGACGCAUCAUAUUUGAAAUGAGUAGAGGAGGAGU